AUGGAUUAUAAGCUGUGUGGAAGGUUUGAUACAUUGAGAAACUUUUUACCCGAUGAAUUAAACACAACUACAGAACUCGAUUUUCAUAAUAAUGGGAAAAUUAGGAAUUACUGCCCUGAUGGAGGUUCAGGAAACACUAAAGAAUGUAAGACGGAUUUUGAUAAAAUUAAGGCUGGAUGUUUAUGGUUGUUUGAGCAAUUUUUUGUGAGAAAUCAAAAAAGUGAUAUCAAUAUUGUUGAAUACAUUAUGAUGUGGUUAAGUUAUAAACUAAAUCAAAAGACAUAUGAUGGAAUCAAAAAUUUAAAUGAUUUUUAUACUAAAUAUAUAGAAAAUAAUAUGCAUUAUACUAAUUGUGAUGAUAAUGGUAAAGAUUGUAAUGAGUCAUUAAAAAAUAAUACAGGAUAUAGAAAUUAUAAGGAAAUCAUAGAUAACAAAAAUGAAUUGCUGAGUAUUAAUUUGGGGCAUAUGUCUAAAUUUUAUGAUGCAUUUAAACUAUUAUGUAAAAUGUAUACUGAAAUUGGUUCAAGCGACACAAUAUCUAAUAAAUCUUUAAAUUGCGCUAAAGAAUUUGUUGAAAAAUAUGAUGAACUUAACAAUCCUAAUAAUACUAAAGAUAACGCCUAUUAUCAAGUAUUGUCUACAUUAUCAAGUGAUUAUAAAAAUUUUAAAAAAUAUUGUAGUAAUAGUAAUAUUGAUUGUAGCAAUAUCCCACCACUUCCAGAUAUAAAAACAAAAGAAAAUGGUGUGCAAAUUUCUGAACCGAGUUCUGAAGUUACACCAUCAAGUUCGUCGGUAACAAACAAAUUAAUUCCAGUUUUAUCGAUAAUUGUUGCAAUACCAAUAUUCUUGGGAAUUUUUUAUAAGUAUUCGUUAUUUGGAUUUCGGAAACGACCUCAAAAACAACAUUUAAGAGAAAGGUUAAAAAAAUAA